CUCGCUCAUUCAGCUUAUUGGUCAAGUAUAGUUCGCGUGUGAAGAAGAAAACAGGAGUUUCCCAUUCAUUAAUUAAUCAAAUUUUAAUAAUUGUGAAAAAGUUGUGUUUAUUAUAACUAAGAUGGCGUUGUUACCAUACUUAUUGGAUUAUGAAAUUAGACCUAGACGGCUUCAGGAUCAGUUGUUUGGACUAGAUUUGGCGGACAACUUAAUCUCAGAUAUCAUUGAGCGUCCUAUGCGUCAUUAUCUAAGACCCUGGAGGAACCUAUCAGCAUUGCACCGCGAUGUUGGAUCUACAAUAAAAUCGGAUAAAGACAAAUUUCAACUAAAUUUGGACGUACAGCAUUUUUUGCCUGAUGAAAUAUCUGUGAAGAUCUCUGAUAACUACAUCAUUGUCGAAGGAAAGCAUGAAGAAAAGAAAGAUGAACAUGGCUACAUUUCACGUCAAUUCAAACGGAGAUACGCGUUACCCGAAGGUUGUAAUCCUGGAAUGGUACAGUCCAAGUUAUCCUCCGACGGAGUGUUAACAGUCACUGCCCCAAAAACAAGUGGUGAAAAAGAUGAACGAACCAUUCCAAUAACUCAUACCGGUCCGGUUCGAAGGAAGAUUGGUGGUGACGAUGAGGUCCAGAACGGUCCGGAAGAGGUCAAAUCUCCGCAGAAGAAAAAGAAGCGCUAGUGUAAUUUUAAAUAUUAUCAAUAAGUAAUUAUUCAAUUCUUAAGACUGAUUUUUUCAUUUAAUAAACCAUAAAAAGUA